GCAUGCUGUGUGUUCAUGCGCUCGCGACAGCUCUGCGAGAGCGAUGAUUAUGACAUGAGCCUGAUAAGAAUGGUGACCUUGGAUUUCCAUUUUGCUUACUCAAGCAGCAGUACGGAUUUCCCCAUCGAAAAUGUGGUGUCACUGACUUCCUCUGCAAACUGUGUGUUGGCUCGUAAUAAUCCUCUAAAACUUUGCCCGCUGCAGUAUAAAAGCAUCCGAAAAAAGCAGUGUGAGCAUGAGGUCGCAAAUUACAAAUUAGUCUGCACUGUCACUGAUAAUAACUACCAGAAAAUGGAUCGCAAUUCGCACGAUUACCAAACCCUGCUGAAGACGGUUUAUGGAGAAGCGCGUGGAGAACCGGAAGAAGGUCAGUUAGCCGUGGCCUGGGUGAUCAAGAAUCGUGCCGAUAAAAACCGCGCUUACUGGGGCGGAAACAGUAUCGCCGCGGUGUGUCGUCAUCCGGGACAAUUUGAGUGCUGGAACCCUGGUGACAUUUCGAUGCAUGAACACGGCGCCGGUGCCAAUAUUGAGCGCUGGUUGGAUCGUUUCUACGAGCGCCCGGAUCCCACCGGCGGGGCGGACCAUUUCAACAAUCCGGAUAAGGAAGGCUUUCCCGGCUGGACUAACAACUGUCGCUCUGGUGUCAAGGAAUGCGCCGGAUCAGGACAACAUUCAAUGACUUCAGAGCGGACUGUCCCGCCAAAUAAACAAACGUGGGUAUACUGUUGGAUUCUGGGCUAUAGACGGAAGUUUUCGGAUUUUCAUGUCUCGGAGAAGUUCGUGCUGGUUUUGGCUGCGCUGUUGCUUGGAACCAGCAUGGGUCUUACCCUGGAGAGGGUCAUUAGUACUUCUGGCUCGUGGUGUCGCGAUAACAGCACGGGACUACUCACUAACGUAUCCAGUGAUUACCUUACCCGUUUAGACAAACAAUGUGCAGCGGAGUUUACCUUUGCUUGGGUGACCAUUAUCCACUGUUUGUUUUCACUCUACUAUUUAUCGCACGGCCUGUUCUGGGUACGAUGGUAUGAGCUGAUUGUUUUCCUAUGUAAUGCGCUGCUCCGUCUUGCAUAUACUGUGGGAGACUUUAUUGAACUGAACUACCACAAUCAUCCAGCCGAUGCGGUACAUCAACACAUCUUUGACAUUAAAGCAGCCAAUAUUGGUAUGUUGGCAGUUACUGUCCUUGCCGCCCUUGCAGGAAGCAUUGUGGCGUUUAUCAAUCUACGUAAAGGAUUUAUCCUUGCCGAAUUCCCGCCAGAAAACAGAGACCAGAAUGUUUGGGACGAUUGUAAACGUAUUCUCUUGACGCGCUCUUUGCGCACCUUUAAUACACAAUUUCAGGCAACAUUUCUUCUCCUUAUCAUAUGCCAUGUUGAGGAAUUUCACUGGGCUGCAUUUGAUAAAGUGAUCGUGAUAAUCGGCUUCGUUUACCUCGUUGGCUGGAACCUCUUAGUAAUAUUCAGUUUGAGGCGACAGAGUAAGUGUUUGGCCUACCUGGCAGUUAGCACUGUACUGUUGGAGCUCCUUUAUUAUGGGUACAAAAUCGUCAUGUCAAGCGAGGCCCUGGCAACGAGUAACCAUGGAGCUUUCAGCACGCACUCGUUACAUUUUGCCGUUUGUUGUAUUGGAUCCGUGGCUAUGUUCGCUAGCACUGCGGCCGGUUGGUAUUUAUACAUCACAGCAAGAGAUACGUUUGGAAACGAGCGCGCGCCGAAGUGGCACAAGAAAGUGUAUCCCGACAUCUAUAACUCGAAAACCAACGAGAUAGGGACCGCAGAUGGAGAUGGUAUCUCGGGAGCAUCUGCAACCGUCCGCAAUAUGUCGGUACCUUUGAAUAGCAUUAGUGGACGAUCCUCAAACUAUGGUGCGACGACGACCCCGUACGAGCAACUGAAUUAGAGACAAUCAGAAAAAGUUCUGCAUUGAAGAUGGCUUGUGACCUUUGCAUAAGUAAAGCCAGUUUUCAAAUUCUACUUGCAAUGUUUUCUUAAGUGCAUACAAUUAUGUUAUUAAGUACGUAAUAGUUUCGUCAGUCAUUUUGAAUUAAUGUUGUUUGCAUCACAGGUUUGGUAAAAGCGGUAAUUACAUGGUAUUAUUUAAAGUCGGUAUCGGAGUACAAUACAUCCUGGUGCACUGUAUCAUGCCACAAAUACACAGACAAGCAG